AUGACUCUGAGACUCGCCCCCUACAAUGACGCGAUGCGUCUGGGUCAAGGAUUCAAUUCCUACACCCACGAGCUGUGCAUUGAUCAGGCUGUCAAGGUCAAGCAGCGUAAGAGUGUAGAAUUGAAGGGCGAAACGUCCCAGGUCGUCUCUUACUCGGCCCGUUUUGUGGAAAAGUUGAGCGAUGUUGUUGAGACUAUGAAUGUUUCUUACAGUUCAGCUAUCAAGAAGGGUACUAUUGAGAUUAGUGGUAACUCCAGCACAGUCGACGAGACAACUUUCAAGUCGUCGCAUUUGAACGCAGUUGUCGCCGUCAAGGUCGUGAAUCAAACUAUCUCUACUGAAGAUGAAUGCGAGUUCCAGAAGCUUGAGAAUAAUGAUGCAGCCAUGUAUUCUCGCUUCAACGAAAUCUAUGGAGACUCGUACAUCUCCGGUUUCAUUGAGGGUGGAGAUUUCACGGGUAUCGUCUCCAUCAAAGUCCUGGAUGGUAAAGACGUGAAAAGUACCGUAGAGGCCAUCAAAUCAGGUCUCAACAUGAAUAGCAAGGACGAAGUUGAAGAUUUUAUACUGGGCCCGUCCGACAACUCAGUCCGGUCAACUCUCGCAACCGCUCUCAAAGACACCGAAACCACCAUCUCCAUCAGCUGGAUAGGUGGUGCUCAGAUCAAAGAGGCUGGACGCGCCUGGGACAUUGACUCCAUGUACGCGUCAGCGGCUGCUUUCCCAGCGGCAGUUGCGCAGUGUCCUCAACGCACCUGGGCCAUUCUGACUCCGUACAAGGCGAACAGAUCCUUCGUCAAGUGGAGUACCGGAUCACCUAUCAAAACUCUGCAGUAUGAUCUUAUUGCUAGCUUCACUGCCGAGUUGUUUGACAGCUUUAUGGACUACAAGAUGCUUCUCAAAGAUGUGCAGAACAUCAUUAGCAACCGUAAGGACUACCGACAACGCAUUGGCGUCGUUGAUGCCAUUGAUACGAAUCUCAAGACGCUCUUGAGCGUUCGUGGGGCUCUUCGGGAUGAGCAAACAAAGAUUGUUGAAGCUAUUGGCGUUUUGAGCAAAGAUCCUUCCGUACUCAAACGGCAGGGCGCUUGGUCCACCACCAACAGGGUUCCCCUCGUCAAGCAGAUCAUUGAGAAGGCUUUGGGACAUGCAGCCAGUUGGGAGCCGAAACCCUUGACAGUUAACGCAUCAUCUGCUCAAGACCCAACACAAUCGGCAACCAGCGGUUCGGGUGGUGUAAGUCAAUCGCAGAAGUCCGAAAGUGACGAUGAAGUAAUGGUCGGUGUGAACGAUUUGCCUACUUCUGCCGUUACUUCAGCUCAGACACAUGAGAACACUGCAUCCGAUUCCAGCAAGCCUACAAUCGAGUUCAACUUCGAUACUUUGAUGCCACCAGAGGUGUGGGAAGACCUACUGCCUGAACCAAUCGACCCUUCGAAGUAUGGUCAAGUCAGCAACAUCAUGCCUCAGGCUCCUCAAGUCAACAGUCUUCUCAACCAAUUCGUGCCUCCUCCAGAUGGCUCAUCCGGGCCAGGUGUCGUGGUAUCUCAGUCCUACGACGCCAUGCAACGCGAGCUAGAGUCCUUCAGGAAGGAAAAGGUUGCUGCCGAGAAGCUCGCAGCGGACGCCGACGCUGCUCGUGAGAAACAGGCGCGCGAGUUUGCAGCUUUGAACGCUCAGUAUGCGCAAUACAAGGCCGAUGCCGAAAGAACCCAGACCUCCCAAGCAUCUCAAAUCAACGAGAAGACAUCAGCGAUCCAGUCUAGGGACGCCGAAAUUCAGCGUCAGAAGGCUGCGUAUUCACAAGCCCUUGCGGAGCGUGAUCAGGCUCGAUCUAGUGAAUCUCAGAAGCAAAACGAAAUCAAUGCUCUCAAGGAGUGUGCCCUUGAUGGACUUACCGCCAAAAAGAUAACAGUCGUGACCAUCUCCUACGGUACCAAGUGUUUCUACGAUCUUGGAUGUCAAGCCGACACAUUUGGCCUCGUACCCAAGGUCGAGCAACUGAUUGAGUCUAGAGGCAGUUUCCAUAUCAAUGAUCCCUGGUUCGGUCAUGAUCCAAACCCUGGAUUACAGAAGCAGUGUUGUAUUACAUAUCGUUUCAACCAUCCUGGUCAAUCUAGAAGAAUUAGGACAAUGUGUGGCAAGCAGUAUGAUAAUGGGAGGUUCGACGCGCUUUAA